AUGCAGCCCUUGACCCCGCAGCACACCGGAGACGGCAGCACGAUUGUAUCGCCAACACAGACUCACUGCGACGGCGCGUCAGAUGCCGACGCGACGACCGUGCGGGGAAGCUUGCGAAGCCGUCCCAAGCUUGACGAGCCCCCGAGCAAGGGCAGCGGCGAGGGUGCGCACGAAGAGCGGGAAGCGCGUCCAGCGCUCGAUCUCGCGCAGGACGAGAACAUCGACGCCGGCCCGUUCAGCUUCAAGCCGUACAGACUUGCGUCGCUCGUGGAUCCAAAGAACUUGGACCUGCUGAAGGAGAUGGGCGGUGUCACCGGGCUCCUUCAGGGUCUCGGCACGCAUAGGAAGAAAGGGUUGAGUAGGAGGGCUUUGGGGAAGGCGCCUGAUGUGUCCCACCACGAGUCGUUCGCGCCGCGUGUAGACAAAGACUCAAGACCAGGGGCCGGUGCCGGCGAUGGCGCGUCACAACGCCAUGACCGAGAGCCUGAGGCGAGUGACGUGCCGAAGCUUGUCCUUACUGGGCCUGGAGACGAGGACGGAGGGGGAAUAUCGUUGGCUGGUUCUCGGACAGACUUGGGCGAGGAUGCUGGGGAUGCGGAGCAGAGCAGCGGUUCAGCUUACGACGCGAACCUCGAGGAGCGUCGACGGGUCUUUGGCGCGAACACUCUCCCGAUUCGGAAGACGAAGUCGCUGUUGCAGCUCAUGUGGCUCGCUCUGAAGGACAAAGUUCUGGUGCUUUUGUCUAUCGCCGCUAUCGUUUCGUUGGCUCUCGGUUUCUUCCAAGAUUUCGGUACUCCACGACCUGCCGGGGAGCCACCGGUUGACUGGGUGGAGGGCGUGGCCAUCAUGGUUGCAAUCAUCAUAGUUGUCAUGGUCGGCUCCGUCAACGACUGGCAGAAGGAACGGCAGUUCCAAGCGCUCAACGAGAGGAAGGAGGAGCGAGGAGUUAAGGUCAUUCGAGAUGGUGUCGAGAUGAUUGUCGACAUCAAGGAGGUCGUUGUAGGCGACGUCGCGCUGGUCGAACCCGGCGAGAUUGUUCCCUGCGACGGUGUCUUCCUCUCUGGACACAACGUCAAGUGCGACGAGUCCGGCGCUACCGGCGAGUCCGACGCGAUUAAGAAGAUAUCGUACGAGGACUGCCUCAAGAGCGUUGCGGAGGAAGGAGCCGGCGGAGGGGACCCCUUGAAACAUACGGAUUGUUUCAUGAUCAGUGGCAGCAAGGUGCAGGAAGGGUACGGCAGCUACGUGGUCAUCGCAGUCGGAACUCGGUCCUUCAACGGUCGGAUCAUGAUGGCUCUUCGCGGUGAUUCCGAGAACACGCCUCUUCAACUCAAGCUGAACGACCUCGCGGAGCUCAUCGCCAAGCUAGGAAGCGCUGCAGGCCUCGUUCUGUUUGUUGCCCUAAUGAUACGCUUCUUUGUCCAGCUCGGUACCCACAGCGUACAACGGACGCCGAGUCAGUGGGGCAUUGCAUUCGUUCAGAUCCUUAUCAUCUCCGUGACCCUCAUCGUGGUGGCCGUACCAGAAGGUUUGCCGCUCGCGGUGACGCUCGCUCUUGCGUUCGCUACCAAGCGGAUGACGAAAGAGAACCUUCUUGUACGUGUGCUCGGUUCCUGCGAGACGAUGGCAAACGCAUCCGUCAUCUGCACGGACAAAACGGGUACGCUUACGCAGAAUGCCAUGACUGUCGUCGCGGGCUCCGUCGGGAUCCACUGCAAGUUCGUUCAUCACCUCGAGGAUAACAAGGCCCGCACGAAUGCGGACGAGGAGCCGAACGUCUGGGAUACGUCAACCUCCAAGAAACAUACCGAAGACUUCUCGAUUGACCUGGAGAGUAUCAACGACACGCUCUCGCCCGCGAUACAGGACCUGUUGAACAAGGCUAUCGCGAUCAACUCGACGGCGUUCGAGGACGACGACCCGGAGACAGGGAAGAAGGUCUUCGUCGGUUCAAAGACCGAGACUGCUCUGCUCAAGUUCGCAAAGGAAAACGGGUGGACCGACUACAAGGAGCUGCGUGAGGCGGCCGACAUCGUCCAGAUGCUCCCCUUCUCGAGCGAUCGCAAGGCCAUGGGCGUCGUCGUUCGGCUCGAUAAACGCCACUACCGCGUCUACCUGAAGGGCGCGAGCGAGAUCUUGACGAAGCGCUGCACGCGUCACAUCGUUGUCGAGCGCGGCUCAAAGUCGGACGAGAUUGGGACGAGCGAAAUCGACGACUCCGCACGCGAUAACAUUCAGCGGACUAUCAUCUUCUAUGCUAACCAGACUCUUCGAACUAUUGCUAUCUGCUACCGCGAUUUCGACUGCUGGCCGCCGCCGGGCACGAACCCAGAGUCCGAGGAUGAGGUUCCAUACGAAGAUCUCUCUAGCAACCUCACGCUCAUCGGCAUCACCGGCAUCGAAGACCCCCUACGUCCUGGUGUCCGCGAAGCUGUGGCAGAUUGCAGGAAGGCCGGCGUCGCCGUCAAGAUGUGCACUGGCGACAAUGUUCUCACCGCUCGCUCGAUCGCGUUGCAAUGUGGUAUUUAUUCCGCCGGUGGCAUGAUCAUGGAAGGCCCCGUUUUCCGGCAGCUUGAGAAGCAAGACUUGCUUGAGUUAGUGCCUCGUCUCCAGGUACUCGCGCGUUCGUCUCCUGAAGACAAGAAGCUCUUGGUCGAGACUCUUCGGGAACUUGGCGAGAUCGUCGGUGUCACCGGCGACGGUACGAAUGACGGCCCGGCUCUCAAGACCGCCGAUGUUGGUUUCUCUAUGGGUAUCGCUGGUACCGAGGUUGCCAAGGAGGCAUCCGACAUCAUCCUCAUGGACGACAACUUCGCAUCCAUCGUUAAAGCGAUUAUGUGGGGUCGCUGCGUUAACGACGCGGUUCGGAAAUUCCUCCAGUUCCAGAUCUCGACUAAUAUCACAGCUGUCAUCAUCACUUUUGUCUCUGCUGUCGCCUCCGCGCAGGAGGAGUCUGUUCUCUCUGCGGUGCAACUGCUUUGGAUUAACAUCAUCAUGGACACGUUCGCGGCUCUUGCUCUGGCGACGGAUCCUGCGAGCCCCGUUCUACUCGACCGCAAGCCGGACAAGAAGACUGCGCCGCUGUUCACUGUCGAUAUGUAUAAACAGAUCCUUGGACAAUCCGCGUACCAAACCAUCAUCACGCUAAUCUUCCACUUCCUUGGCGCUCGUAUUCUCGGCCAAACCCAUUCCGACAACACGUCCACGCAGAACCAUAAUAACACAAUUGUCCAAACUCUGGUAUUCAACCUAUUCGUAUUCGCUCAGAUAUUUAACUCUAUCAAUUCCCGCCGGCUCGAUAAUCACCUCAACGUUUUCGCGGGCAUCACGCGUAACUACUACUUCAUGGGAAUCACCCUCCUCGAGGUCGCAGUUCAGAUCCUGAUCGUGUUUGUCGGUGGCGCCGCGUUCCAAGUUACUCGUAUCGGUGGUCGUGAGUGGGGUAUUGGCCUUGCGCUCGGUUUCGUCUCCCUGCCCCUCGGCGCCCUCAUCCGUUGCAUUCCCAAUGGACCUAUUGAGCGGUUCUUCAUCAUGAUUCGUCUCCUGCCCAACCCGGACGUUCUCCCGACGGUUCGGGACGACGCGCAAUGGAAUUCGGCGAUUCAGCUCGUCCGCGACAAUCUCAACACAUUCGCACACGUGCGCGGUGGCCGUGUGCGUGCGUCGUCAUAUGUGGGCAAGAGUCGGAACGCCCGCCUCGCACCGGAGUCUCGCGUAGCACUUCCGUCCAUCAUGACCAUGGUGCCUACACUCAUCGCUUCUUCCAUCGGUGCUGGGUGGGCGCCUCAGUCGCCUACUGGUUUGUCUAACCCAGCGAGCUUUGACCCCUCGAAAUCGUCGGCCGCCCUCUGGGAGGGCAAGAUUCAGAUUCACCCUGAGACCAAGCCGGACGAUCCUGUCAUGCAGCGCUGGGGGGCCGUUGCGAAAAGGACAUGA